AUUCACCGCUAUAUAUAAUGAGUUCUUCAUGCUUUUAAUUCACCAAUUAUCAAACCAUCCUAUCUCACUAUAACCUUCUUUUACCAAUCUCUCUCUCUCUAAUUUCUUUUCAUUUCUUCAAUAGAGUGAACACAAUGAACACUAGUUGUCAACUCAAAUACCAAAUCAUAGCAACACUAACUCAGGGGAUGAAAACUAAUUCCAAUAUAAUUAAGUUUACACAAUUAUUCAUUUCAAUAUCAGUGCUUUCUUUCAUAUUUACACCUUCUUCAUUGUUUGUUUUCCUCCAUUACUUCAAAUUCUAUUUCUCAACUUUGCCUUUUCAACUCUAUGCUCACAACAUAGACAAGAACAGCAUGUUUCUCCUUUGUAAUGGCCUCCUUGUUUUUGUCGGUUUAACCAAAUCUUUCUUAAGUUCUUCAAUAGAGGAUGACAAACCUUCCAAUAACUCUCAAGGUUUAUUAUCAUCACAAUAUAUUGAAGUUGAACACGAAGAAGGUGCACAAUCUCUUAUCCUUGAUGUUGAGGCCAAGGAGAAAAUAUUGGACAGAGACGGUGAGCAGAGAACUAGUGAACCACAUAAACAAAUUGCUAAAGAAGAGGAAGAAAAAAACAUUGAAAACUUAAUCAUGAUUGAUGAAGAAGAAGAAGAGAUGAAGGAGGUAGAAGAAGAAGUUGAACUAUUUGAUGGAGAAGACGAAGAGGAAGAUAAAGGGUCAGAAAUUGAUUACGUUCUAAUUGAAGAAUAUAAUAUAGAAGAAGAAGAUUAUGUAGAAGAAGAAGAAAGUAAUAUGUUAAGUACUGAGGAGUUAAACAAAAAGUUCGAAGAUUUCAUUAGAAAAAUGAAGGAAGAUCUAAGAAUGGAUGCUAGACGGCAAUUAAUAAUGGUAUGAUUUAGUUAAAACAACCAUGAUCUUAUUUCUUUUGGCCAUGUUUCUAGUGAGGCUUGUAAUUUUGAAAACUAUAUUCUCGGAUUAUUCCCCUAUGUCACCAAAGAGCAAGUUUUGAAUGCGAAUAAUAAUAUGAUUACCAUGAAACAGUGCAUAGCAACAGAAAGAUUUGAAUGUCUUUCAAUUCAACUGUAAAAUUGUAACAACUUUAAAACUCUGAAGCCAGUUUUAUUGUCCAUUGUUUUCAAUUUAAAAA